AUCCCUUUCACGAUUACUCUCGAAACCCGAACUCAUCUACACCCCGUCCCAUCCCUUGCAACGGAUUUCGGCCACUCCACUGUCGAACCUCUCUAAUCUUCUUAUAAACUAAUACACAAUCAAUCAUGGGUCUCUGCUUUUGUCCCUUCGGUGGGCUUGUUAGCUGCGUAAAGACAUUCCUUGGCGUCUCAUCCGCCGUGUCAUGCUGCGUUUUCACAUUAGGCAGUGGGCUUCAUAUGGCCUUCAAUGACGAGGCAGAGGAUUCGGAGCUCUGGGAUGAGAAGUCUAAUCGAAGAAUACUUUGGUCAUAUGAUGAUGAGCCUUCGGUUUGAACCAUGCACCGUGUAUUUCUCCCGGCAGCCUUUGGUUCAUAGCCUCCGGUGCUGGCGUUUUCUACUGUACUCGAUUGCAUUUUCGACAUUUCGUAUUCUUUUAAGUCUGUUCUUGAAAGGAGUUGUACAAGUUCAAGGAGUUCAGUGGUUGGAGAAGUUGGGGGGCGAAGUCUAUUCGCCCGGUCAUGCAUGCGUUUCGGAUCAAGCUUUGGAAAAGCCUGUAUGCAAGAAUGAGCUUGCGACUCAAGCGCUGCAAUGAAUGACUUUCAGGUUCUUCAUGAAAGGCUACCAUUUAAUUAACUUUACUUGUAUGGGAAAGACUGGCUCGAGAUUCCUCAUAUGCUACGUUGGUAAUGGCUAUCACACUUCUACA